GAUGCCAGUAUGGAGCACCUGGGAGUCAGUCAUCUGCUGGGCUGCGCAGCACACAACGAGCUGAUAGCAAUGCGGACGAAGAAAGGCAAAAACGAUUGGGAUUCGUUUUGUUUUUUGUGCUUUGCGAGUUAAUUGAGCGUUUUGUCACUACAAGACGAAACUUCUGAAAGAAUCCGCGUCCUGAAUCACCAGACACAGGGCUUAAACUGGUUUGAAUGCUGCUCCGGGGCGGAAAUUUUCCUCAUAAACCCAAACCAACCCACAUCCGUAUUCUCCUGGCGUUGGACUAUUCAGCUCCCAAGGAUGAUUGCUUGAUAUUUGUGUACUAAAGCGUCCAGACGUUCCUGCCACUGAUCCAGCAGUUUUAUGCUCACUAUGGGGGACUCGCCUACCAUGAGGAAGACGUUUGUGGUCCCAGACAUAAAGCCUUUGGAUUUGUAUGACUGUUCUAAAGCUAAAAUAUGCGCAAGUGUCGGAUGGCUUCUGGCGAAGUCAUACGGCAGUGCAGAGAAUGUCCCAGUGGAGCUUCGUGACCCCUUCUACUGUGACCAGUAUGAACAGGAGCACCUUAAGCCACCAGUCACACGCCUCCUCCAGUCCUCUGAACUCUACUGUCGCACCUACGGCCUAAUCAUGGGGGCGAACCAGGCUGACUCACAACCAAAAGACAAUGUGGCCCUGCUGCAGCUUUGUGCUCAGAGAGGAAUAACCUGCAAAGACCAAGAUGUUCCAGUGACUGACAUGGACCUGCGGCAAAAACCUAUCAAAAUGAGUGCUCACCUUGCAUUGAUAGAUGCCCUGAUGUCUCUGGCAGCCAUGGAGACACUAGCAGCAUUGAAGUCAUGUGGGACUGUGGAGUUGCAAAACAGUUGGGAGGAGACUGUACUUCAAUGGCUGAACAAGUUGAAUCAGAAACUCAGAGUUCGCGCAGAUGAUGAGGAAAAUGACACAUCUCAAUCCAUCACAGAACCUCAACCUGUUCAGCCUUCUCUUCGCUACAGGAAAGAUAAAGUGCAGACCAGACAGAAGCCCGUGUUUCCAGUGGUUAAUGACGUCAGAGACUUGUCCAGUGGCUGUGCCAUUGUUGCUGUUAUUCAUUACUAUUGUCCCGACUUGUUAAAACUUGAAGAUGUAUGUAUGAAAGAGUCUAUGUCUGUAGCAGACAGUGUAUACAACCUGCAGUUCAUCCUAGAGUUUUGUGACAGUUGUCUGAAGAGCUGCUGCCACCUGACACUGGAGGACAUGUUGUACAUGCCCCAAGAACUACAGGUAAAUGUGCUAAGUUUCUUAGCUGAGUUGCUAAAUUGGUUUGAAGUACAAACACCUGAAUUUGUUCAGCCAUUUGAUACGUCAGAUGGCACCUCGGUAAAGUCAAAUAGCAGUAUCAGUACUUCCCCUUCUAUUUUUAAGAGGCCCUUCCUCCCUAUAUCCACAUCUGCGACAGGCUCUUUGACUCAGUCUACCUCAAUGUCUCAUAUAGAAGGAGUGGGAAAGACGUGGAGCAAGAAAUCUCUCAGUCGACCACUGUCAGCAGUGUCCUUUAGCAUUCCCUUUGGCCUGGACAGUGAUGUAGACAUUGUGAUGGGAGAUCCAGUAAUAACACGCUCUGUAAGUUCAGACCAGUUAAAUCCAGGAGUCCAGACAAGAGUACCCUACACUCCUCCUGAAGACGUCAAGCAUGUUCUCAACAAACCUGGGGGGCAUAAUGGACCCCAGAGGGCAUCAUGGGUAACCCAGUCUAUAGAUAUUCCUAAAGUGGCAGAGGAAAAUGGCCUUGACGUCAAUGAAGCGGGGGAGCUGCCCACAAUCGAGGAGGCUCUUCAGAUCAUCCACAACGAGAGCAAGAUGGAGCAGCGGCUUCACCCUGAUGGUGCCCCAGAUGGCUUCUACCUCCACUCCCCUGAUGACCCUGCAAGCUCCAGAUACACCAACAGCUUGUCCUCCGUCAGCUCUUCUGCUCCUUCACGCUCAGGAAUGAUGUUCAGACCCACUGGGCACAAAGAUCCCAAACGCACGAGAAAUGCCUCUGAAUGUUCACGAGAUGAUGACUCUGUUUUAAGAGAUGGCAGUGUGGACUCUGAUGCCUCAGAGGAUCUGCCUAAGACCCAGUCCACUCCAGCUACACCCGCCACCUCUAUGAGAGGCAAAGAAGCACCUGACAGUGGUGUUAAAAUGACCAGCUUUGCAGAACGCAAGAAAAAACAGUUAUUAGAUUCUCCCAAGUCUAGUGAACCAUCAUCUCCUCAGAUGACUUCAUGGGCACAAAAGUCUGAAGAAAGUCCAAGCAAAAGCCCACAGCUAAAUAAUGAGAUGUCAGAGCUUGGAGUUCGACUUGAGGAAAAACGCAAAGCCAUUGAAGCCCAGAAGAAACGCAUAGAGGCCAUUUUUGCAAAGCACAGGCAAAGACUGGGGAAAAGUGCCUUUUUACAACUGAAGAAGGAGCAGGACGAGGAUGGUGCAGGUGAAGGAGAUGGUGGCCAAGUAAUUGCUUCAUCUACAGAGGAUGACCUGUCACAUCUGACUUUAGAGGACAGACUGAACAUGGAUGUUGAGGAUCCAGGUGUGAAGCUCCCAUCAGCAUCAGGACAAGCCAAUGCACAAGGAGGACAAGCACUUAACAAACAAGUCCUUCUGUCCAAAGAAAAGCCAAGCAUCCUUGCAGAGAACACCUCGGGACAAUCAAAUGAUAAAAUGGCAGCUCCUCUUGGAGACUAUAACAAUGCUGUUUCCAAGCUGACAGCAGCACUAAGCUCCUUACAAAGUGACAUGCAGCGAUUGACUGAACAACAAAACCAAUUUAUGAAAAAACCUGCUUCACCAAGUAACAAAUCCUGGACAAUACCGGCUAGCCCAGCACCUCCCUCUUCUCGCCUCUCCAGAGAGUCUACACGAGACUUCAGUUCAUCUCCCAAUGCGCCAUCUCCAUCACGUAGAAUCAUAAAUCACACCACACCCCCCAAAUCUCCCAAAAUGGUACAAAGGAGAGCUCAGUCUGUGCCCCCCAAGAGUCCUAAACACAACCAACAUAUUCGCCAACCGGAUAUGAAGGUCCCAACGGUGUCACGGUUUCUUAAUGCACCACAAGAUGUAGAUCGUAUCCCUCAUCUUCGUCGGGUCAGCCCUUCACAAUCUCAGGUUCAGACUUCUUCCGCAUUUUCCAUUGGUGAUGCCGAAAACCUUGAUGAUUUGCGCUCAUUUGGUCCAACCCCCGUGCCCACACCUGCUCUGACUCCAUCAUCCAGCCCAGCACCACAACUCACGACAGAGGACGCCUUGUACGAAGUGGGGUCUGUAGACGAUCAGAGUAUUUUCAGUAUGGACUUUGAGGCAAGACCCUCCUCUUUGCCUAAAAAGGACAAGUUAACGGGUGGUGGCGGCAGCUCGGGGGCUCCUUCAGAGUGCUCCUUUGAGAGUGACGCACCAGCAGCAGGAAUGAAUGGAAAACGUGGUAGCCUGAUUGAGAUCUCCCUGUCAGCUCUCAGAGGAGAUGGAGAGGAGGAGGAAACAGGAGCUGAUGGGUUAUCUGAUUCAGUAAGUGAACAGGCCGAGUCUGAGCUCAGAGGAGGUUUGGGAUUCUUUUUCAAGGAUGAUAAAGAGCGAACAGAAGAUGAAAUGGCUCAGCGUAAAGCUGCUCUGCUUGAAAAACAACUGAAAAGAGCUGAAGAGAUGAAACGACGCAAACUGGAGCAAGAAAAGGAAAAAGAGUCCAACAAGCCACAGUGGAUGAUCAUUGAGGGCUGGGGAAACAAAGCUGACGAGCAGCCUCUUACUCCUGGCACACCCACAACUCCACGUACUCCACCAGCAGAGGGCACCCCACAGCGCAGAGGGGACUUCACCAGGCAGGAGUAUGAGAGGCGACAACAGCUGAAGAUUAUGGAAGACCUGGGCAAAGUGCUCAAGCAAAAACCCACCACUGUCCGUGGAGUCAAGAAACAGAGACCCAAGACUGUCUUCAGGGAUGACUCUGUCCUGUCCAACAGUCCUGCUAAAGGCUUGAUGGGCAACAAACUGAGCAAGGUGUACUCUCACUCCAGCAUGAAUUUGUCUUCAAUGGCAAAUGACACAGGAGGACUUACUGUCAGAAAAUCUCCCAGCCGCUCUCACUCACCUGCACGUCAUCGGUCACCGGGACGACGAGGCUCCCAAAAUGACUGGGAAAAUGGUUCCACUAUUUCAUCACCUGCUUCAAUACCAGAAUAUACAGGACCAAAGCUGUACAAAGAGCCAAGUUUUAAGUCCAACAAGUUUAUAAUCCAUAAUGCAAUCACUCGCUGUUGCCUAGCUGGGAAGGUCAAUGAACCACAGAAAAACAAGAUUGUGGAGGAAAUGGAAAAGAGCACAGCCAACCACUUCCUCAUCCUGUUCAGAGACUCCAGCUGCCAGUUCAGAGCCAUUUACACCAUGAACCCAGAGACAGAGGAGAUGGAGCGGCUCACUGGCAUCGGGCCUCGAGUCAUUACUCCUGAAAUGGUGGAGUCUAUUUACAAAUACAGCUCUGAUCGAAAACAAUUCACUGUCAUACCGUCCAAAACUAUGUCGAUGAGUGUGGAUGCCAUCACUAUACCCGGCCACUUUUGGCAAAAACGACCAGGGACUCCGAAGAAGCUUGGGACACCCAAAUGAAGUCUAAUUAAGAUGUCUGACCUUAUUCAGGACCGCUCAUCAAGUAUAUGGCCAGUGUGGCACUUGUGGUACCUCCUUAAAGAAGCUGCUGACUGUGUAAUUUAAACGGCUUUCAAUAUGAGAAUUAUUCGGUAAGAUGCCAAGAGACUAGGCCAAACACUAUAGUCAUAAUAGUUGGAAUUUUAAGAGCUUCGGAUUGGCUCUGAAGGUCAUUAUUGAUUGUAAAGUUUUUGCCUGAAUGAAGUUUUCCCUUGCAAUCAUUUCUCUGACUCGUAGGUGACACUAGAAGGGGUGCCUGACUGCCUAUCCCCACAGACUUUGGAAAUAGAAAGGUGAUCUUUGAGUUUUGCUGGCUCUCCUCUCGCUGCCUUUUACCUCUUCCAGGGCUCGUAGCUAUGUGUCUCAGCUGAAAAGACAAUGGCUGUUUGUAUGUGGGUUUGUGAAUGUAAGGUCCACAGUGACCACUCUCUAUGGUGAAGGGCCAGGAGCUGUGUUAGGGCUGCACUGUUCUGCUGCUGUCAUCAGUGGACAUAACUGCCCAUGCUUCAGCUUCAGCAUAUUUUGCUUGACAAUUCACUGUACGUUUGAAACUGAGUGAAGAAUGGCAUAAAUGAAUGAAUUCAUUCUACAUUGUGAUUACAAUGGUAAAAUGUAAUCCGGAUCUUAUCUUGAAACAAAACUAAAACGUGAAGGAAAUGAAUGCAUUUUUCCUGAUAGUAAUUUCUAUAAACUUAUAAGUUGAUUUUUGUAAGCUACCAGUAAGCUAUCGCUGCUUGAAGCAUUGUAAGUUGUAUGAUUAAGGAUGAGUGAGUAAGAAUGGUUAUUAAAUCUUUGAAUGCAUUUGUUUAGGGAUCAAUAAAUCCAUAAGGUCACUUGCCUGGUCCCUAUUCUCUUUUGUUGAAGCAAGUUAGAUCAAUCCUUGUAGGCAGCCCCCUCUCUUGUUUUCCAGACACACUUAAUGUAAUUUACCCUUCUCAUAGGGCCAGUAUGUCCACACAGUAAUGAGCUCAACGGGAUUCUGCAGAGGACGGUGGUUAGUGCCAUAUCACUACAUAUUACCAGAAGGACACUGGGCCACUCCUUUCUCCAGUCUUAAGCACUACAGUAGCAGCUUUGGUGGCACUGCCUUUUCCUCAAAUAGUUUAGGUAAUAAUUACACAGUAGCAUUUAUGAAUGAUGGUGAAAUAAUCUAAAAGAGUGAGUGGAUAAUUAUUGUAUGAUUUUUUUAUUAUUUAUAUAUUUGUAAAAAUGUAAGGUUGUAGUAGAACAAUAUAUAUUUCGUUCCUGUGCAAUGUUCCUCUUGAAGUUCCCGUGUCACACAGGUAUUUAUAUUUAUUUAGUCUUAGCCUUAGAAAGUGAAUUUAAUGUAAAGUUCUGAUUCAUUUCUGUUUUGGUUAAGGUUUUGUUGUCAUUCAUUUCAUGUCAGCCAUUCAUGUCUUUGUUCCUUAGUUUUUGUUCUAAGAUUGAGCUUUGCAAUCAUGUGUGUUCAUUUCAUGACAUGUCAUUGAUAACUGGAACAGAAAAAUAAAAUACUUUUUACGGUAAUCAUUUC